UAGUCUGUAGGUGUAGAAGGUGUGUUUACGAACGAGGUGUUUAUAAAAACCCGGUACAAAGGAGUUUAUUUCAACAUUUUAACUUUGUCGCUUGAAAUAAGAACAUUAAAAAACAAAAAUAAAUAAAAAAAGCAUGUUUUACUUAAUUGUUGUCGUUGCUGCCUUAGUUGCACCAGUUUGGUCAAACUCAGCUGGUGCACCAGUUGCAGUCUGUAAAAAUGGUCUAGUACCUGAACAUGGUGUUGGCGCACAAUCUAGCUCACCACCUUACUCACUCUCCGGUGGCUCAUCGGUGAAAGCUGGACAACAAAUUGACCUAACCUUAUCUGGUGAUGAAUUCCUUGGAUGGGCUAUUCAAGCACAUUCUGCUGAUAACAAACCAAUUGGUGCUUUCAAACCUGACAGUCAGUCUCAGACAAUCAACUGCUCUGGAGCUGAUAACACUUUGACUCAUAAAAAACUUAAGGCACCCAUCAAGUCACUUAAAAUCAAAUGGCAAGCACCAGAAGGCCACAAAGGACCAGUGACAUUCCAUGCCACAGUUGUUAAGAAUGGUGGCACCUUCUGGGUGGGGAAAGUCAAAAAAGAUGUUUCGGUAGCUUAAAGAUCUCUAGCAAACCUAUUUUUCUAACUCAAUACUCCUUCAACCCUAUUUUAAUUUUUUUUUUGUAUUACUUUUAGUUCAGUGUUUUGUGAUUUAUUAUUUUUUUCAAAUAAAAGAAAGAAAAUGACGAUGUAUGUUCGUUCUCAAAAAAUCAA